ACCUUAGGCGUGGUACUAGCCCUGGGCGAGGGUAGUACCAAUUGCGUGAUAUAGGGGGGGAAAGCCGCCUCCCCGUUUCAACAUUGGGCCAGUCCAUGGUGGGUUACUGUAAGCUGGAAGGACGAGCCCAUCUGAGUCAGAAAGUGGGAAAUUACAAGCUUGGGCAAAUCUUUUUGCGGGGAAUGUGCGGUGCGUGAGAAAUAAAACGCUGUUGCUUUGUCUCCAUGUCCAGUGAUGUCCGAGGGGCCCCAUUGAACACAGCGGGAAAUACUCUUAAGUAUUACCAGAUGGCAGCACGCCGUGCGCUUAAAAGCGUCUUGGUGGAUCUUAGCGGUACGCUUCACAUAGAGGACUCGGCUGUGCCAGGAGCUCAGGAAGCGCUGAACAGGCUGCGCAGGGCUCCUGUUACCAUCAGGUUUGUGACCAACACAACGAAGGAAUGCAAGCAGGACUUGCUGGAGAGGUUGAAGAAGCUUGGAUUUGACAUUAAGGAAGAGGAGAUCUUCACGUCUCUGACCGCAGCCCGAAACCUCGUGGAGCAGAAGCAGCUUCGGCCUCUGUUGCUCGUGGAAGACAAUGCACUGCGCGAUUUCAGAGGAAUAGAUACCAAUGAACCAAAUGCUGUAGUCAUAGGACUGGCUCCUGACCACUUCAAUUAUCAAAUGAUGAACAAGGCGUUUCGGCUUAUUCUUGAUGGGGCUCCUCUCAUAGCCAUCCACAAAGCGAGAUAUUACAAAAGGAAAGAUGGCCUAGCUCUUGGCCCCGGGCCAUUCGUCACAGGACUGGAGUAUGCCACUGACAUGAAGGCCACCGUGGUGGGCAAGCCGGAGCGAACGUUCUUCCUGGAAGCCUUGCGUGGUACCAACUGUGCACCAGAGGAGACCGUCAUGAUCGGCGAUGACUGCAGGGAUGAUGUUGGAGGGGCCCAGAAUGCUGGCAUGCUGGGCAUAUUAGUCAAGACUGGGAAAUAUCGAGAGGCUGAUGAAGGCAAGAUUAACCCACCGCCGUAUUUAACCUGUGAAAGUUUCCCCCAGGCUGUAGAUCAUAUCCUCCAGCAUUUACUGUGAAGCCACCCAGAAGACUGGAUUGUUUCCUUUGAACGCUAAAAGCUGAAACCUCCCAUCUUGUCCUUCAUAGAGGGAAGUUGUCCAUUGCUCUGCCUAGAGUACACCAUCUUAUACUGAGAGAGGAUGACCGUUUCUCUUUAUUUGGGGGCCGUGUAUAAAAAUUUGCCACAUACUCUCACUCUUAUGUCUGAGGAAGUGGACCGUGUCCACAAAAGUUCACAUUAAAAUAUUAAGGU